CAAUUCGACAUGUACACAAACUCAUAAAUACAGUUCUCUAAACACAUCAAUAUGUUGAAAGAAGUUUUGUGAAAAUUGUUAUCCCCAAUUGAGUAAAGAACACCUUAUCCAAAAUAACAGGAGAAAUCAAUGGGUCACGCUAAAGAAGCGGUAGAAGCGGCGAAGAUCGUGGUCGAGGUGGCGGAGCUCGCUUGGUGCGCCGCUGAGCUCCUCCAUCACAACAACCACUCUGAUUACCCUAAUAAUUCCGCCGUUGAAUCUAAUGCCCCUCUUACUGUCGAAGAAUUCGAGGAUAUUCGAACAGAGAAUAGACGAUUGAAGGAAUUAUUGGAGCAGAAUUUGAAGUUGUUUCAGAAGAUUUCUUCUUCUCCUUCCCUUCUUCAAGAUUGCCCUCCUGAUCUUCACGAGCGUCUUGUGACUGCUGUAGAUUCUGAAAGCUUCUUGACUCGACUUCAGUCGCUCCAUGAUGGAUCGGUGAAUGGGACUGCAAAGGAGUUUCCUUUCAAAGAGCCUACAGGAGAAGACUUGGAAGCUGUUGAAGUUUUAAUCAAUGUUGACCAAGAAGGACCUAGUUGGUGGGUGUGGGUUACAGAUUCCAUGGCUCCUGGAAAAGUUGAGGAACGCAGUGGUAUAGAUGAUGAAAACUAUGUUAUAGUCUGUGAGGAACAGGUGGUGGAUGGUGUUGCCAACUUCCUUGCUAGAUGUAUUGUGUCAAAUCCUAAGUUGCAGAAAUUGACUCCAGAGCAGCUACAGAAAGCUUUGACCAGCUCACUUGGUGGAUUUCAUAAGGUUGAGAAGAUGCUGAGUAUAUGGCAUGCUGGGAAGCUGUUCUAUGCCCUUUCUACAUGGGGACUUGCUAUCGCAGGGUUGUACCAAAGCCGUGCAGUGCUGAAACUUGCUGCUCAUGGGGUUCAUCAUACUAGUAAACUUGUACUAAAGGCCAUUUGAAGAUUACCAUCUUACUACGAAGUGUGCCUGUGAAUCAAGGCUGUUGAAGAUUAUUGUCUUACUUUGAAGUGUCCCUGUGAAUCAAGGCCAUUUGAAGAUGACCGUCUUAAUAAUGCACGCUGUUGGGAUUGUUUUCAUUUGUCUUCUUGAACUUAGUGUGUUGUCUAGUUCACUAACUAACUGUAAAUAGUUGUAAAUAACAUUGAUUUUCUUUGUUAUGUGAUGAGAUUCUCAGUGGAAAUGUUUAUGUUCAUUGUUUCUUCAAUUUAAUGAUUCUUCUCCAAGUUUGUAUUCACAUUCUAAUGCCGAGGGAAUUAGCUCUCACUUUCUCUGGGUUGAAUCAAGCUGAACUAUUCUGAAUGGAUUUUA